CGGCGGCGCGGCCCGAGCGCGUCCCGGCCCUGCCCGGCCCUGCCCGGCCCGAGCCCCCGCGGGAGCCGCCCCGGCCCGCCCCGCCAUGCCCCCCAAGAAGCAGCAGCAGCCGGCGGGGGGCAGCAAGAAGGCGGACCAGAAGAAGAAGGAGAAGAUCAUCGAGGACAAAACAUUUGGCCUAAAGAAUAAAAAAGGUGCAAAGCAGCAGAAGUUUAUCAAGGCUGUGACUCACCAGGUUAAGUUUGGGCAGCAGAAUCCACGUCAGGUUGCUCAAUCAGAAAGUGAGAAGAAAUUAAAGAAAGAAGAUAAGAAAAAGGAGUUACAAGAAUUAAAUGAGCUCUUCAAGCCUGUGGUUGCUGCACAGAAAAUUAGCAAAGGUGCUGACCCAAAAUCUGUAGUUUGUGCUUUCUUCAAGCAAGGCCAGUGCACUAAAGGAGACAAGUGCAAAUUUUCUCAUGAUUUGUCCUUGGAAAGGAAGUGUGAAAAACGAAGUGUCUACAUUGAUGCAAGAGAUGAAGACCUUGAAAAAGAUACAAUGGACAACUGGGAUGAGAAGAAGCUGGAAGAAGUGGUGAACAAGAAGCAUGGUGAGGCGGAAAAGAAAAAACCCAAAACCCAAAUAGUCUGCAAGUACUUCCUUGAUGCUAUUGAGAACAACAAAUAUGGAUGGUUUUGGGUCUGUCCCGGUGGAGGAGACAACUGUAUGUAUCGCCAUGCCCUCCCUCCAGGCUUUGUGUUGAAAAAAGACAAAAAGAAGGAAGAAAAGCAAGAUGAAAUUUCAUUAGAAGAUCUAAUAGAAAAAGAGCGUGCUGCCUUAGGACCAAACGUUACCAAAAUUACUCUAGAGUGUUUUAUUGCAUGGAAGAGAAGAAAAAGACAAGAAAAAAUUGAUAAGGCUGAGCAAGAUAUGGAGAGGAGGAAAGCAGAUUUUAAAGCUGGCAAAGCAUUGGUGAUUAGUGGACGUGAAGUAUUUGAGUUCCGGCCAGAGCUGGUUGAUGCGGAUGAUGAAGAAGCAGAUGACACCCGUUAUGUUCAAGGAGCAGGAGAUGAUGAUGAGACAGAAGACCCUGUGUGCAUAAAUGAUGUAGAUUUGAACUUGUAUGUCCCCAAGGCAGUGGAGGAGACUGGUAUUACAGUGGCUAGUCCAGAGAGAUUCAGCACAUACACUUCAGUAGAAAAAGAUGAUAAUAAAUUAAGUGAAGCUUCUGGUGGUGAUAUAAACAACAGCGAGCAAAAUGAUUUAGAUGAAGAUAAUGAUGGAGAUGGGGAAUUGGAAAAUGGAGUCAUUGAUGCAGUUCCAGUUGAUGAAAAUCUCUUUACUGGAGAGGACUUGGAUGAACUAGAAGAAGAACUAAACACUCUUGAUUUAGAAGAAUGAACUAAAAAGCUCCAGUGAGGAAUUAAACCUAUGUGAAAACUGACUACAUUUUUUUUCUUCUUUUUGAAUAGAAUUCUUAAACAAGAUGUUUAUGGUUAUGCAGCUGAAUAUGAUGGGCACGUGAUAUACCAGGAAUGUUCUCCUUCAGUCUCAUCUACUCCAGUCUUGGCUAUGCUCACAGUAAAACGUUCAGAGUAGUUCAGAAUUACCCGACAGCUGAAUUUGCAGACAGUGAGAUUAAAACUUCCAGCUAAGAGUAGGAAGUGUAACUGCUUUGCCAGUAUGCAAGUGGGAAAUUUGACAUCAGGUACAGUACAAAAAUCCAAGUAUACAUUCUUCACAAAAACUGCAUUUUUAUUAGUGAUUGUGUUGAUUUAGAAACUGCCUGAAGUGGUUUUUAGGCAGGGUACUCUAAUGGAGCUGAUGCAGAUUAUGCUUCUUUAAGUGGUGAUUAGCUUUAUUUGAUCAGCUGGAUACUGAAGAUUGUGAACUGAUAUUUCAUACAAUACCAGUACAGUGCCCUCUGUUUAAAAUGUUUUAAACUUUCCCACCACCUUUUGCCAAUAAAUCUGUAAAUAAAAAUCAUCAACUUUAAAA